UCUACUGUAGGGGGCAUGUACUGCUAAAAAUGAGAUGUAUUGAGCAUGCUUUUGAGUUUGAAAGAAAAGUCGAUAUGCAUUUGAACCUACUUAGAAAAGUAUCGUGGGAAAAAACACAGUUUUUUAGUCAAGAUUAAGAAAGUUGCAGGCUUCUUGUCUUGAACGCAACUCAUAUGGAAUCCGCUACGGAAACCACGUAGCUACUGUCCAAGUUUCCCGCGAAACUUCUGCACAUGCAAGUCUGUAUCAAAAGAUUUCUGCACUGGUGAUAUCCUCUCACUGGGUAACCCAGCAGUCUCUUAGCACCUUACCAAUAAGAGCAGAGGAGCAGUCAUCUUGUGCCUCUCCCUCUUCAAGUGGCAGUUCGGCAACCUGUUCCUGACAUUGUCGCAGGCAUGUCAAAGUCAAGACGGGCCAUGAGUGAGGACCAGGAUAUGGAUUGUAACCCCCAUAACUCUCAUGUUGACAGGAGAUGGGACAGUCAGUUGUCAGUCCUCCCAGACAAGCUACAACAGAGACUGAUGCCAUUCCAAAAGGAGGGGGUCAAAUUCGCCCUAUCAAAGAAUGGAAGGUGUAUGAUCGCAGAUGAGAUGGGUCUAGGGAAGACGGUGCAGGCUAUCUCUGUGGCAUACGCCUACAGACAGGAGUGGCCUCUUCUCAUCGUGGUGCCCUCCUCUCUAAAGUACCCCUGGGUGGAGGAGAUGGAGAGGUGGAUCCCUGAGCUCAACCCUGGAGAUAUUCAUCUGGUGGAGACCAAGAGUGACACACUGGGCAUCAGUAGCAGUAAGGUAACAGUGUUGGGUUACGGGCUGCUCACCACAGACGCACGCCCCCUAGUGGAGGCUCUGACCAGACAGAGGUUUAAUGUGGUGGUGGUGGAUGAAUCCCACUACCUCAAGUCCAGGAACGCAGCCAGGACCAAGAUACUGGUACCACUCAUCCAGAACGCCAAGCGGGCCAUCCUACUAACGGGCACCCCGGCCCUGGGACGACCAGAGGAGCUCUUUAUGCAGAUAGAUGCCCUCUAUCCUAGGAUGUUUGGAACGUGGAGUGACUACGCCAAACAAUACUGUAACGCUCACUACAGGUUCUUUGGGAACAGGAGACAAUGGGACUGUCGUGGUGCCUCUCAUCUGGAGGAGCUCCACCAGCGUCUCAGUGAGAUCAUGAUCCGGAGGCUGAAGGCCCAGGUCCUCCCCCAGCUACCCCCCAAAAUACGCCAGCGCAUCCCCUUCGACCUGCCCAAAGACGCUGCCAAGGAGGCGAGCAGCAGCUUGGAGGAGUGGGAGCACCUGAUGAGGACGAUGGGAUCGGGGGUCUCUGCCACGGACAACCCCUUUACUGAAGUCAUGGGGCUUGUGACACGCAUGUACAAACAGACUGCCAUCGCUAAGGCCGGAGCAGUGAAAGACUACAUAAAGAUGCUGCUGGAGACUGAGAAGUUAAAGUUCCUGGUGUUCGCUCAUCACCUGACCAUGCUGCAGGCCUGUACCGAGGCUGUCAUCGAAGCCAAGGCCAGUUACAUCCGUAUCGAUGGCAGUGUUCCGUCCUCAGAACGUAUCCACCUGGUUCACCAGUUCCAGAAUGACCCUGAGACCCGUGUGGCCGUCCUCAGCAUACAGGCUGCUGGGCAGGGCCUGACGUUCACAGCAGCCACUCACGUGGUGUUUGCUGAGCUGUACUGGAACCCUGGCCAUGUGAAGCAGGCUGAGGACCGGGCGCACCGCAUCGGACAGACCGCCUCCGUCCACGUGCACUACCUCAUCGCCAAGGGAACCUUCGACACCGUCAUGUGGGGCAUGCUAAACAGGAAGGAAACGGUAACAGGCAGUACUCUGAAUGGUAAGAAGGAGUACUUAAAGGCGGAGGUGGGGGAUAAGGACAAAUGGGACUUCCUGAACUUCGCAGAGGCGUGGACGCCAAGCGGGAUGACCCUGGCAGCAGGAGGACAGGUUGACAAUGACAAAGACCCUGUAUUCUUUAACCAUUUUGAGAAGGACAAACAGCACGACAUCCGUUCCUUCUUCUCUCCGGGUAUGGAGAAGAAGAGGAAGAGAACAGAGGAUGAGGUUUGCCAAUCCCCCGUUACCCCCACAGAGAAGGAGGGUUCUAUAGACUUGGAUGUGGAGAACCCAGAGAACGACAAGGAGAAAAACUCCCAAGAUCCCCCUGACCUCCAGGACCAGGACCUAGACUUCUCUCCCCAGGUGAAGAGGCUGCGGCUGCCCACCCCCACCCUCACCCCCAGCGCUACCCACAGCCCCAGGUCUCGUCUUGGAGGGAAGAGGACGUCCCUCCCGGGGGGGCACCAGCAGCAGCCCCCUGGCCCCUCUGUUUACCCCCCGUCGGUGCUCUGUAAGGCUGGCUUGGUGCUCUGUAAGGCUGGGUUAGUGCUCUAUAAGGCUGGGUUGGUGCUCUGUAAGGCUGGGUUGGUGCUCUCGCUGCCUGAGUUGGUGCUCUGUAAGGCUGGGUUGGUGCUCUGUAAGGCUGGGUUGGUGCUCUGGCUGCCUGAGUUGGUGCUCUGUAAGGCUGGGUUGGUGCUCUGCAAGGCUGGGUUGAUGCUCUGUAAGGCUGGGUUGAUGCUCUGCAAGGCUGGGUUGGUGCUCUGCAAGGCUGGGUUGGUGCUCUGUAAGGCUGGGUUGGUGCUCUGUAAGGCUGGGUUGGUGCUCUGUAAGGCUGGGUUGGUGCUCUGUAAGGCUGGGUUGGUGCUCUGCAAGGCUGGGUUGGUGCUCUGCAAGGCUGGGUUGGUGCUCUGCAAGGCUGGGUUGGUGCUCUGCAAGGCUGGGUUGAUGCUCUGUAAGGCUGGGUUGGUGCUCUAUAAGGCUGGGUUGGUGCUCUAUAAGGCUGGGUUGGUGCUCUCUCCAGACUCACAGUCUACAGGUUCACAUGCUGUGUCCCCAGGCUCCAGGCCUGAUCAGUCCACCCCUAGAGAACACCCCUGGAUCAUCCUCUCUGGGUCAGACAGCGAGCAGGAGGACACCCCCUGUCCUGGUCCUGCCUCUCUCGGUACAACUGUACCACAGACAGACGGUCAACAGAGAGAUCAGGAGGAGGAGAGACAGACAGACGGUCAACAGAGAGAUCAGGAGGAGGAGAGACAGACAGACGGUCAACAGAGAGAUCAGGAGGAGGAGAGACAGACAGACGGUCAACAGAGAGAUCAGGAGGAGGAGAGACAGACAGACGGUCAACAGAGAGAUCAGGAGGAGGAGAGACAGACAGACAGUCAACAGAGAGAUCAGGAGGAGGAGAGACAGACAGACAGUCAACAGAGAGAUCAGGAGGAGGAGAGGCUCAAAGGCAAACAAUCACCAGUAGAGAACCAGUCAGCCCCUCAUGAUCACACUGAUGCCCAGACAGACAGUGUAUCUAGUCCUGCUGAUGAUGAGGACACUAUGGCCAGUCUCCCCCUGUACCCCAACAUGAAGUUCUGCGCCAGCAAGAACACUGACCGUAUCUAUCUUUACUCCAAGGAGGACAGUCCACUGCACUGGAACUUCAUUCCUCUGGACAUUAAACUGGACAGCUGGGAGGACCUACCUGAAGCCUUCAGACGCAGAGAGAACAGGACACAGAUCUUGAGGUUUGUGCAGCAGUGGAGCACUCUGACAGCCAUGAAGCAGAGAUUGAUCCGCCGCAGUGGUCUCCUGUUCUGCAGCCCAGUCCUGGCCCUGGACGAGCUGACCAGCACCCAGCGCAAACACAGCAGCACCAAGAGGUACCUAACCAAAGAAGACGUGUCCCAGGCCUCUCUCAGUAAGGCCCAGUGUGAUGGAGGAACUGUCCGCAUGGUCAACAAGGAGAGCUUCUUCACCAAGAGGAGAUCUACCUCUAUCUCGCUACCCAACACCUCUACCGCCGUCCCAGUGAAGACAUCUGAGGUGCACCCAGAGCCUCCUGAGGGUCCGUCAGAGGCUGAAGCUGGGUACCUACAGGCGGUGGACAGUGAAGGUCGGCCCCUGUGCCUGUCUUGCCAUAAGGCCUGUGGGUCCACCGGAGGGGCCUGGGACACCCGCUUCUGUAGCCAAAAGUGUCAAGAGGAGUUCCAGCUGCGCUCCAGCCAGGCAUAUAUGCGUGUCCGGGUACUGCAGACGGAGCAGGGGGUGUGUCAGAGCUGCGGCCUGCAAGCCCACCAGCUGUACCUGAAGGUCCGCGACGCCCCGCCCACACACAGGAAGGAGAUGCUAGAGAACACCUGGCUGGCCCAGCUGUCACUCAAACAGCUGAAUGAGAUGAUCCGUGCCCCCGUGGAGGGUCAGUUCUGGCAAGUGGACCACAUCCGACCCGUCUACAGUGGAGGAGGACAGUGUUCCCUGGACAACUUACAAACACUCUGCACCAUCUGCCACAGAACUAGGACAAGUCAGCAAGCCAAAGACAGAAGCCAGAAGAAGAAAGGACUGGCAGCCUCCAAGGUGGCUUCAGACAUCACUCGCUUCUUCAUAAAGAAAUGAAAAUUAAAUUAAAUGUUUUCCUCAACCAAGGAAGGACUAUUGAGUAACAUGGGAAUGAUGGUUCUUGAGUAUGUUGCAAUCUCUGUGAAGUAGGCUGCAUGUCACAGUUGGUUCUCAAUGCUGCCACUACUGUCCAUGUUAUGGAUUCACUAGCAAUCCGAUGCAAUGUAGAGGAACAUAGCCUCUUCCUUCAAUUUCAUAAUGUUGAAGUUCGAUCAUUGAGAGUGUUGGUGUGAAAACUCAAGACUGUUGUUUCAGGGUUGCUUUUGUUGAGUUACCUGAAUAGAGUUAACUAAACAAUGCUGCCUGUAUCAGAUGCAAACGUUCCAAAUGCGCAACUCUGCUCCUUCGCAUGUUGCCCCCGAACCGUCAGCAGUGAGCCUGGGUUGAUUUAUAACGGGCUUAUCUAGCUCAGAUGCAGGCUGAACUGAACCAAGCUGGGCAGGCUGCUGCCUGUUUGAAGUGCCUGCCUGCCUGCUGAGCGCUCGCUGCUAUUUUAGGUUGUGCAAACUUGGUAGAAAAACCCUGAGAUGUGUGAUACUCUAGUUUACAUCUUGACAGGAUUUCACAAGCAAGUCUUUUCCUAUGUCCUCUACAUGUAGCCUAGUUGAAAGGUCCCUGUGAUGCCUACUGUUUUAGCUGGUGUCUUGGAUUUGUUAGACUGAGCAUGAAUGGAUGAACAAACUUGACUGAAAUUAAAAUAAAACCUGUAUUUGUCUCUCUCCU